AUGGAAUUUACUGAUUUAUACAAACGUUCAAUUGCAGUUCAAGGAGUGGUAUCAGCUGUUGGCCUUUUGAUUCUUUCGUCAGUAGUCGUAGUAAUCUAUUCAUGUUGGAUUUCACCAAUUCUCGCUCACCGCAAGCUCAAAAAGAAUGGAUUCGAAGGCCCUCCACCAACUUUCCCGCUUGGGAACAUUGCUGAAAUGAGAAAAAUGGUCGCGGAUAAGAAAAGGCUUAUAGUGUUACCUUUGGACGAUCAUUAUCAAUCUCUUGACAUCAGCCAUGAUAUCCACUCCAUAGUUCUCCCUUACUUUGCUCGAUGGAAUGGAUUGUAUGGAAAGGUGUUCGCAUAUUGGUUAGGCACGGAGCCAUUUUUGUACAUAUCAGAUCCUGAAUUCAUAAAGCUGAUGUCUUCAAGGGUCUUGAGUAAAAAUUGGGGAAAGCCAAGAGUAUUCAAAGAAGAUAGAAAACCCAUGUUCGGUAAUAAUGGAGUUGUAAUGAUUGAAGGUGAAGAUUGGGUUCACAAUAGAAACAUAAUUACACCUGCAUUCUCACCAUCAAAUUUAAAGGCCAUGUCAAAUGUAAUUGUGGAUUCUGCAACUACAAUGUUAGAUCAUUGGAGUAACAUAUUGGAUUAUAACAACAGCAAGCACGAGAUCGAUGUCCACAACGAUAUAACAAAAAUGACUGCGGAAAUUAUAGCAAAGACAAGCUUCGGUAAUAUCCUUGUUAAUGAAGAGAACGGCCGGAAAGUAUUUGAGAAGCUGAGAGCAUUGCAAUUAGCGUUAUUCCAGUCGAGCAGAUUAGUAGGUGUACCAUUCAGCAAAUUCAUAUACCAAAAGAAAUCACAAGAAGCAAACAAACUGGGGGAAGAAAUAGAUGAUAUUCUUGUAUCGAUCAUACAAUCAAGAACGGAAUCUAUGGGUAAUAAUAAGGACCGUGGACAAGAUUUUUUGGGAAUUAUGCUCCAAGAUAAUAGCAAAAAUAAGAAACUAAGUGUUGAGGAGUUAGUUGAUAAUUGCAAGACUUUAUUUUUUGGUGGCCAUGAUACAACAGCUUUGGCACUCACAUGGACUUGUUUCUUACUGGCUUUGCACCCACAAUGGCAAAAUUAUCUUAGGGAAGAAAUUGAACAAGUCUUGGGAGGAGGACAACUGCUUCUGGAUGAUCCCACAGAUAUCGUAAAACUAAAGAAGAUGGGAUGGGUGAUGAAUGAAGUUUUGCGAUUAUAUCCGCCAGGACCAAAUGUCCAGAGACAAGCAAGGGAAGACAUUCAAGUUGCUGAGCUCAUAAUUCCUAACGGAACAAACAUAUGGGUGGAUUCUGUAAGUAUGCAUCACGACUCGAAUUUGUGGGGGAAUGAUGUGAAUGAAUUCAAACCAGAGAGGUUUAAAGAUGAUGCUACACAUGGAGGAUGCAAACACAAAAUGGGGUAUCUGCCAUUUGGUUUUGGUGGGAGAAUGUGCGUUGGAAGAAACUUAGCUAUUAUGGAGUACAAAAUCGUUUUAACUCUAUUACUGACUAGGUUUUCAUUUACUCUUUCCCCGAGUUACAACCAUUCUCCUGUGAUCAUGCUUACUCUUAGACCGACAAAUGGUUUACCUCUCAUAAUUCAACGUAUUUAA